AUGUAUUUUUUAUUAUCAAUCAUAAACGCGAGCGAAGACUGGAUAGCAUCCAAAGUAGCCGCAGAGAGGGAUGUGAUGAUAAGACAAGCACGAAUAGCACAGAUAUUCGUAAUGUUCGGAUAUUUUAUAUUGGCAAUGGUUUCUGUCACACUAAUCAUUCUUCCCACUUUUGGCAUACAAAUGAGACAUAUAACAAAUCUCACGGAUCGGAACAAACCUUUACCUAUGCAAACGUAUUAUUUCUACGACACAGAUCGGAGCCCACAAUUUGAGUUAACAUUUCUCAUUCAAGCCAUAACAGUCGUCCAGUCAGCUAUAAUUUACACGUCGAUCGAUUCACUUUUGGGUCUCGUGAUUCUUCAUAUGUGCGGCCAAUUGGAGAACUUCAAGCGUCGAAUAGCCGGCUUAGUCUCGAGCAAAGACUUCAACAAAGCUUUGAGUAGUAGCGUAGUAACUCAUUUACGUCUGAUCAGGUGAAUUUUUGAC